AUGGCUCUACCACAGACCUCCUCUUUCGAGCUGACGGGCCCCUGGUCGCGAUCCACCACCGACUCGCAAACGGGCGAUAGCAGCGGCGCCAGCCGAUUGCAGCAACACCCAUCGAAUACCUCUCGCUGGGUUUCUGACGACGGACUCUCGCCGCGCGCGCCGCCGCCGCCGCCGAAAGCCGAGAAAAAAAUUUCAUUCAUCACGACGCGAGCCGUCGGCAACCACGUUUUCCCGAAUACCCCCCGCUCAACCGUCACAAUUUCGUCUUCCAGGAUGCCUCAGUACACGUCGCGCGACGUGGGCGACCCGUCGCAGGUGCGGAGAACCAAGCAGAGCAUGGCGGAUCUGAAGCUCCGCCGGUUGACGGAGCUUAACUCGCGGCUACGUGAAGACCUCGAACGGGAAAGGAUUCCUGUGAGCCAAGCAUCCAAGAGCAUCAUCGCGUACUGCAACAGCACUAGGGAUUACAUGGUACCAAGUGUGUGGGGGCCAGUGCCCAAAGGAGAAGACCCUUAUGCGCCACAACAAAGCGGCGGGUGCUGUAUCAUCAUGUAG